CUGAUUCACUCCUGGCUUGCUGAUAGUGGAGAGGGAAAACAAAGCUCGCGCCUGACCGGAUAGCUGCAGCACCGUAUCUCGGCUUGUUUUAUUUCCACAUAAAAAAACAAAACAAACAAACUCCCAGUGGUUAAUUCCUGUAAUUGGAUCAAUGGGCAUAAUGCUGAGCCACGUCGUCUAAUUACAUCGCAGUCGAGACCGCUAUGGUGAAGGCUGCCCGUCAGGUCUGAUCAACCUCUACACGUUUCUUUCUUUUUGCGUCUCGCGCGUCUAAAUUGCAGGUCUGGAUGAUCCUGUCUCCUGCUUGCUGUGAUCCUGGAUAUCAUUUCCCGUUUAGUUUCGUUACCAUGGCAGAAAGGCAAGGCCCCUGAACGCUUUAAUAACCCGCAUUGGGGAUUUUUCCCACCUCGUUUGAAGAUUGUGAUCUUUGUUUUUACUUCUAAACGGAUUGAUAUUUUUGUAUCGCUUUGCUACAGACUGUCAUCAUAAUAAACCUCCCCACCCCUCCAAAUCCGCGUUUUCCUCCCAUCCUGCUCCAUUUCACAACUCGUGGAGCUCAGCGUUUCCCGGCUGGGAACUUACAAGGCCACUGUACAGGCAGCAUACCUGGACAGAGGCAUUACUAACCGCUAACAUUUCAUCACAUAUUGGUUUGACAGAAAGCUGCAAUCAUUCCGUGCUGCAAGGGUGACCCUAAAAUGUCUUCCAACGGGGACCUGCAAGACGUUGGGAGCUAUGAUAGCUUUUGGGAGCCGGGGAACUACAAGAGGACAGUGAAGCGGGUCGAUGACGGCUACAAACUCUGCAAUGAGCUGGUCAGCUGCUUCCAGGAGCGUGCCAAGAUCGAGAAGGCCUAUUCCCAGCAGCUGAAUGACUGGGCCAAAAAAUGGAGGGGUGUUGUGGAGAAAGGCCCACAGUAUGGCACCCUGGAGAAGGCUUGGCAUGCGUUUAUGAAUGCAGCAGACAAGCUGAGUGAGAUCCACAUGGAGCUGAAGGAAAAGCUGGUUACGCAGGACAGUGAGAAGAUCCGCAUGUGGCAGAAGGACGCUUAUCACAAGCAGAUGAUUGGAGGCUUCAAGGAGACCAAAGAUGCGGAUGAGGGAUUCCGAAAGGCCCAAAAACCCUGGACCCGCAAACUUAAGGACGUAGAGGCCACUAAAAAGAGUUACCACCAGGCCCGUAAGGAGGAGCGCACAGCAAUGACGCGUGAGACACACGCCAGGGCGGACACCACCAAGUCCCCGGAGGAGGUGCGCAAGUUCACGGAUCGGGUGGAGAAAUGCACCCAGGAGGCAGAGAAGGCAAAGGAGCGCUAUGAGAAAGCUCUGGAUGAACUGAACCGCUGUAACCCACGGUACAUGGAAGAUAUGGAGCAGAUGUUCGAGAUAACCCAAGAUGCUGAGAAGAAGCGGCUGUGCUUCUUUAAGGAGGUGAUGCUGGACAUUCAUCAGCAUUUGGACCUCUCCAGCAGUGAAGGGUUUAAGGCCUUGUUCCGAGACCUGAGCCAGACCAUUAAUGCAGCCAGUGACACGGAGGACCUGCGGUGGUGGAGGAACACGCAUGGACCUGGAAUGAGCAUGAACUGGCCACAGUUUGAGGAAUGGUCUCCAGAAGCCAACCGCACCAUCAGCCGCAAAGAGAGGAACAGCCGAAUUGAUGAUGUCACUUUGACCAACAUUGUCUCUGCUGCUGAUGAAGCGCAUCAGACUCCGCAAGAUACCAUCCGAGCUGCCAAAGACUACUCCUCGGAUUGGUCUGAUGAAGAGAGCCCUAAGAAGUACAUCGCAGCGAAUGGAGUUGAGCUUGAACAGGAGGAGGAGGAAGAGGAGAAGGUAGUGGGUGUGCGCGUUAGAGCACUGUAUGAUUACACUGGCCAAGAAUCUGAUGAGCUGAGCUUUAAAGCAGGUGAAGAGUUGAUGAAGUUGGGAGAGGAGGACGAGCAGGGCUGGUGCAAAGGGCAGCUGGACAGCGGUGAAGUGGGCCUCUACCCUGCUAACUACGUCCAGGCCAUUGGCUCCUGAUGUCCCACCAAGACCCAUCACCUUCCUCGAGAAGGCCAUACCAUCACUGAACUGAUCACACUGAACUGUGCCAGCGGGGCCCGCCCGACGCUCUAGAGGCCCUGCCAGCCAUCGCUACAUUUACACAGGAACCACCGAAAAAAGCUCACAUCUUGUAUACUUGGGUUGACAGACUAGAGGAUUUAGGAUCAUGAUGCCAUGGCCUUAACUCAUGGCUUUGUGAGAGACUUUACAGGUACAGUGCCUUUUCUGGAAGAUUCAAGGAACAGAAUAAGCAGAGCUGAAGAGUUACAGUACCGCCACCAUACUCGCCAUGCUCAUUACAGACUUUCCGCAUUUCUAAAGGGAUAAAUAUAUUUACUUUUCCGAGGUAUCGUGGGGCUGCAUCUACAUUAUGGGAAGUUGCGGGAGAUCGGUUUACUCUGACACGUCUGUCCUGCACUUGUGAAAUUCAGAUAUAUGAGAAAUCAAUUCAAGUAUUUAUUUCAACCAGAUCAAGCUGACUUUUUCUCACAAAUGUAUGUUGCCGUGUACAUGUAUUAUAUAUGUUUUCUUUAACAGGUUUAGUACUUGAGGUCAACUGGGCUGAACUCUUGCUGCACAUAGCUAUAAAUGGCUGUAAGAUUCCUGAAAGCAUUGGCAGUUUACUAAUCUUUCUUUUAAGCAUGAAUGCUUAGUUUUGCUUAGUUUUGUAGAAUAAUCUGGAUUUGUACCAUGUAAGAAAUUUAAGGGUCAAAAUGGGCUCUAUAAGACCAGUUUAAUUCUGACAUGUCCUAAAGGAAUUUAUAUUUUGGAAGCGGAGGAUGCUUAAAUCGAAUAGUGCUUUUAGUUAUGUUUUUAAUUUUCUUUUCCGUUUUUAAUUAAAAGCGACAUUAAAGACUCAGACCAAUGACUUCGAUGAGGUUAUCUGAGCAGCGCAUGUGUUUGUGUGUGCAUAUUUGUUUGCUUGUCUGUACAGACCGUGUGAGUGUCAGAAGAUAUAAGACUUAUUCUGGUUUCCACAUCCAUGACUGACACAACUGUAAAUCUUCAACUACUGUAUCAACCUUUACUAAUCAGUGUAACAAAAUCCAAAUAAACACAGAUGAGCUGGUUA